GGGGUUGAUGGCUGAUGGGACGCACUCGAUCGUCUUGUUUAAUGCUGUCAUCUAUUAAUGUUGUCCAAAACUAUUUCUAAACCAUUCUGUCAAGAGGGGAAGGGGCACGUAUAAAUAUACGAAAUAUUAUAUAGUAUAUUAUACAAAGAGUAUAUAUCUAUCUGAUAUUAUGUAGCAUAUCAAUAUUUCGCAGUUUUUUUUCUGCGCACAUCUGUGUGUGCCAAAGAUGUUAGGUGUGUGCACAACUGUCACGUGCUGUGAAAAGAGCAGCUGCGAGCUGGGAUGAGCGUCAAUAGUCAAUACUUAUAUUAAGUGGCAAGGAAUCAUUUCAUUAUUUAAAACGCUGGAUUAAACAAAGUGCAGUGUAAAGUUAGGUGUAUACUUCAAGAUAAGGAACGGAUAUAGUCGCCAUAAUGGCUAUGAAAGUGGUUGAUGUUCAUUGGAAAUUCGGAGUUACUGCUUCAACGAGUGAGAAGAGUAUGGAGGCGUGCCUGGACGUGGGCGUGGCGAGCAGCGUGGAGGGCGCGUCGCCGCACGCCAGCCGCCACGGCACGCGCCCGCGCCCGCGUGACGCUCCCCCGCUGGCCGAGCUCUUCGAGGACGCCACGCUGGGACGCAAGGUGCCCUCGGGCAAGGACGUGCUGCAGCUGGAGCGGCUGCUCGAGCGACUCAAAGCCAUCAGAGGCACCAACUCCCACACGCUGGAUUCGAAAACCGAUUGACCGACUCUCUUUAUAGCAACUCGUGUUUUGUUAUAUUGUAGUUAGGGCGAUGCACCUCUGGUGGGAGACACAAUGGACAUAUGUUUCUUUUUGUACCAACUUUAUGAACUGUAAUUAUCGAGAUUACUAUAAAAAAUUGAUUAAAUUAAGA